AUUUUCGUCCCCCUCGUUCUCCGUGUUGUUGUCCUCGGUGACGCGACGGAGGUGUAGCCUGACGCGGUCUCUUACGUGUCGGACUGAAUAAAAGUGGAGCUCCGAGGGCCCGGGAGUGACGAGCAGAGUCUGUGUCGGGUGAUCUAAAUGACUAUGGAAGCUGCUGCAGAGGUCCAGCAGGGCGGCGAUACUGCUGUUUCUGAGACAGAUACCCAGCACAUCGCCACCUUGGCACAGGUACAGUCCUACCUCUCCAUGUGUGGACUGCAGGUUUCCAUGGCGGCGGGACAAGCGAGCGCCAGCGGACCCACGGUCACUCUGGUCCAGCUGCCCAACGGACAGACGGUGCAGGUGCAUGGCGUCAUCCAGGCCGCACAGCCCUCAGUCAUCCAGCCCCCGCAAGUGCAGACAGUACAGAUUUCCACCAUAGCUGAGAGUGAGGACUCCCAGGAGUCUGUGGACAGUGUGACUGACUCCCAGAAGCGCAGAGAAAUCCUGUCUCGACGGCCCUCCUACAGGAAGAUCCUGAAUGACCUGUCAUCGGACGCUCCAGCUGUACCGCGGAUAGAAGAGGAGAAGUCUGAGGAGGACUCUGCCCCCGCCAUCACUACAGUUACAGUGCCCACGCCCAUCUAUCAAACUAGCAGCGGCCAGUACAUUGCCAUCACUCAAGGCGGGGCGAUUCAGUUGGCCAAUAAUGGCACGGACGGCGUGCAGGGCCUGCAGACACUAACCAUGACCAACGCGGCGGGUGCCCAGCCGGGCACCACCAUCCUGCAGUACGCCCAGACCAGCGACGGACAGCAGAUACUCGUGCCCAGCAACCAGGUUGUCGUGCAAGCUGCGUCCGGCGACGUCCAGGCCUACCAGAUCCGCACGGCCAACACCAGCGCCAUCGCCCCCGGUGUCGUCAUGGCGUCGUCUCCUGCUCUCCCCAGCCAGGGUGCCGAAGAGGCCACGCGCAAGAGGGAGGUCCGCCUCAUGAAGAACAGGGAGGCAGCGCGGGAGUGCCGUCGCAAGAAGAAGGAGUACGUGAAAUGCCUGGAGAACCGUGUGGCUGUGCUGGAGAACCAGAACAAGACGCUGAUCGAGGAGCUGAAGGCCCUCAAGGACCUGUACUGCCACAAGUCUGAGUAGGGGCCCACAGGGGGCGCUCUGGAGCCGCCCGAGACAGAGACUCACACCGGCACGCCAGACACACUCCUCCUUUUCUAAAUUCUCUCGCUUUCUUUUAGUUUCUUUUUAACCUUUUUUUUUUUUUUUUUUUUUAAAGAACACCACAGUAAUGGUCUUUAUGGAAAUUAACAGAAAUUGGUCAUGAAUUAGGAAAAGAGAGACGGAGGGAUGGAGGGAGGGAGGGACAUAUGAGUGGAGGAGGAGGAGGAGGAAACAUGAGCCGUUAGUCCUCUAUACUAAUGAUGACUAGGGUGCUGUUGGCAGGGUGCUGUUGUUUUACAUGAUGACGUGAAGAGGAUUGUGUUUAUUUGGCUUGUGUGUCCUCGCUCUCUCUGUCUGUCUCUCUCUCUCUCUCUGACUGAAGGGGUGGGAUGCCAGAGACAUCCCCCUCAAAAGGAAAACCAUGGCAACAGAACCACUCUGCAGAGACGGUAUAUGUGUAUGUGGGUGUGUGUGUGCAUGUAGGAGAGAGAAAGAAAGACAGACAAUGUGUCUGCCAGAAUGUGUGUCUUGUCUGUGUCGAAAUAGGUCCUCAGAAGUGAAAGGUCUGCUGAGACCUGCUGUUCUGGCCUCUCUGGCUGAGUGGAAAUUUGUUAGUGCGUGUGUGUGUGUGUGUGUGUGUGUGUGUGUGUGUGUGUGUGUGUGUGUGUGUGUGUGUGUGUGUGUGUGUGUGUGUGUGUGUGUGUGUGUGUGUGUGUGUGUGUGUGUGUGUGUGUGUGUGUGUGUGUGUGUGUGUGUGUGUGUGUGUGUGUGUGUGUGUGUGUGUGUGUGUGUGUGUGUGUGUGUGUGUGUGUGUGUGUGUGUGUGUGUGUGUGUGUGAAGGAGUGUAUUAUAUGGAACGGCUGGAGUUAGGGCUCUGCCAUGCGUCCCCAGCCCACAGUGCUCUUAUGGAUGGGACAGGUGGUCAUUUUGGAUCAGUCCCAUCUGGCUUCAGAAGCAUCAGUGCUGUUAAAGGGAGAGACAGACAGACAGACGCCAUUUUGGCUCAGUCCUAUCUGGUUUCAGAAGCAUCAGUGCUGUCAUAGGGAGAGACAGACAGACAGACAGACGGCCAUUUUGGAUCAGUUCCAUCUGGUUUCCUUGCGUUGGCUGAUGG